CAGAUAUGAGCUUUGGAGACAACCCGUACGGCCAGAAUUAUGCGACCGGAGGUGGCGCAGGAGGUGGGGGAGGCUUUAUGGCUGGUAGCCAGGGGGACAGCCCAAGUGGCAAGGCGUCCACUCGCAACACCCUCCGACCAGUCACCAUCGCGCAGAUCCGCUCCGCCUCUCAAUCCCACGCAGACGCCGACUUCAAAAUCGACAACGUCGACGUGGGCCAACUCACCUUUGUCGCCGUCGUCCGCAACAUCUCGCGCAACGCGACCAACGUCUCCUUCAACGUCGAGGAUGGUACGGGAACAAUCGACGUGCGACAGUGGUUGGAUAGCAACUCGGAUGAUACAGGCAAGGCGAGCGAGAUUCAGGUCAACCAGUACGUGAGGGUGUUGGGGACUAUCAAGAGUUUCCAGGGAAAGAAGAGCAUCAGUAGUGGGCAUAUGAGGGUGGUGCCGGAUUAUAACGAGGUGCUCUUCCACAAGUUGGAGGCUGUCUGGGUGCACUUGCAGUUGGGGAAUCCAUCCGCACCUGCCCAACAGCAGGACAACAUCAUGGACUCAGGAGCAGGAGCCAACGGCGCAGACUUCUCGGCCAUCACAAGCCCCGUGCAGAGGAAGAUAGCCCAGGCCAUCUCUAUGCUGGCUGGGCCGGACUCAGAGGGCAUUACAGCCAAGGAGGUGCAUGGAAAGCUGCCCUCGAUGCCCCUUGCGACCAUCACCAAGGAAAUCGACGAGAUGGUCAACAACGGCUUCCUGUACCACAGCGUCGACGACGAGCACGUCUUGCUGCCCUGAUGAGAAUGCGAUGCGAUAUCCUGACGACGAGGCGUGCGCGUGCGUGUGAAGGCGUCUAUUGUGGUGCAUCUGGCAAAGUGCCCCAGUCACGCCGCUUCUCUCGC